AUGGAUUCAGAAUCAGAGAAAGAGAGUGAAGUCUUCAAGGCCACAAACUCCGUGUGUACAACGACACAACCUCAGGAGUCACGAAAGCCUCAUCAGGUGUCACUAGGGCCACAACCUCAGGCGUCACGAAAGCCUCAUCAGGUGUCACUAGGGCCACAACCUCAGGCGUCUCCAAAAUCAUCAUCAUCGACAUCUAGCUCAGACCAAGCUCAGAAUAUUCUCUCGGGUCGUGAUGUAGUAAUACUCAGAACCCUGAAAGACAUAAAACAGGGUCAACGCGAAAUGAUGGCAAUGAUUUCUGGGCUGGUGAAACGACUUGAUGGUUGUGGGGAGAAAAACAAAGAUGUUCCAGAUGGAGUUUAUCUUCCAAUAUCAACAGAGGAACAACUCAACCAUACGGAAGAAAUCCUUAAUGAGCCAGGCUCCAUGAAAAUGAUG